UGUCGUCGCCUUUCGGUGUGCCAUUCACUGCAGUACGUUACAACGUCUACUCGUGCUGCAAAUAAAGUGCGAGUGUGGUGUUUGCAGACGAGCCCUUGUGUUCCAGAUGUGACCGUCGUCAUUUCAAAUAAUGUGUUUUAAUUAAGGAGCAGAGUGACGGCGAGCAUGCGGUCUCGCCUGGCAGAGAGGACGGUGGCCGCGGCGCCGCCGCUGCUGCUGCUGCUGCUGCUGGCUCUGGUGGGCCCAGCGGAGGGCUACUCGUGUCCCUCAGAGUGCAGCUGCCACCCGCCGGACGGCGCCCGCGUCGACUGCUCGUCGCAGUCGCUCACCGCCGUACCGGAAGGCCUCGACCCGAAUGUUACGUACCUCGACCUGUCGAGGAACAACAUCAUGACGGUGGACCCGGCGAAGCUGUCGGGCCUGACGCGCCUGACUCGGCUGGACCUGUCGGGCAACUACAUCUCGCUGCUGAGCGCGGCCGCCUUCUCGGCGCUGGUGUCGCUGGAAGAGCUGGACCUGAGCGGCAACCGCAUCUCGCGGCUGGCGCACGUGGCGGCCGACACGCUGCUGGCCAACCUGACGAGGCUGGGCCGGCUGUCGCUGGCGGGCAACCAGCUGCGCGAGCUGCAGGAGCUGGACGGGGGACUCGUGCUGGCCAGCCCCUCGCUGCGGGAGCUCGACCUCAGCCGCUGCCAGCUGCAGAAGGUCGACCACCGCGCCACGCUGGCGCGCCUGCCGCGCCUCCAGGUCCUCAACGUCUCCGACAACCCCAUCAAGUGGAUCCGGGAGGUGGUGUCCGCGUCGCUGCACACACUGGACGCGAGCCGCUGCGAGAUGGACAGCUUGGGCAGCAGCGCGCUGCGCGGACUCACCGCCCUCGUCUCGCUGCGGGUCAGCCUCAACCCGCAGCUGCGCCUGGGCGAGCCCCGCCUCUACGCUGCCACGCUACGCCGCCUGCACGCCGACCACUGCGCGCUCGACAAGCCCGCGCUCCAGGGCAUGCCGGCGUUGCAGUACGCCUUCCUGCGCGGGAACAAGGUGGAGACACUUACUCAGAAAGACUUUAAUAACAGCGCCCAGCUGAUACGACUGGAACUUCCCAGGAACUUAAUACGUUUCAUCGAGAAGGACGCCUUCCGACCACUUGUCGAGCUCGAGAGGCUCGACCUGUCUGGGAACAAGCUACACCAGCUCGCGUGGAACGCCUUCGUGAACUGUAAGAAACUGAAGUGGCUGUACCUCUCCGAAAACCCGCUAACCGAGUUGACGAACAUUUCGUCCGACUCGAUUCGUACCAUCGACGCCAGUCAAUGCAAGAUCAGUGGACUCCGCAGAGACGUGUUGACGGGUGCCCGCCAGUUGCUGGAGCUCAACUUAUCGAGUAACUGGAUCGAGAGUGUACCCAAACGACUGCGUUCUGUGUCGCUCGUCAAACUGGACCUCAGCCAGUGCAGGCUUUCGGCAGUCACCAACGAGACGUUCGUCGAACUGUACCAGCUUCGGUACCUCUACCUACACGGCAACAGACUUACCAAUGUUCCCAAGUCGUCAAUGGUGACUGGCCUGAAGAACCUAGUGCACCUGACUCUGCACGACAACCCGUGGCGUUGCGACUGCGGUGCGCCAGACUUCCGCUACCUGUGGGACAACCUGACUGCGUCGUCACCGCCCAUUCUCACCGUCAGUGAGAGGCAGACGGUCAAGUGCGCGUCGCCCGAGGCGGUGGCGGGCCAGCAGUGGUGGCUGGCGUGCGUGGAGAAGUGGUACCCGCCGGCGCAGAGCCAGGCCACCAACACGAUGAGCCGCAACGGCGCGGCGGCGCUCGGCCUCGUGGCCGUCAUCGUGACCGCCGUGGCGCUCUUCUGCUUCCUGCGGCAGCGCCUGCACGAGAAGAAGGAGGAGCGCGCAAGGGAGGUGGACCGCAUGGCGCGCGCCGCCGACGAGGUGCAGGACCGCCUGCGCAGGCAGCACUCCGAGGCAAUGCUGCACCAGGAGCUGGAGGCGAUCGCGCGGUCGCGUUCACAUUUGUCUUCGCCCCCGCGGCAACGCCGUACUGAGAGCCAGCUAACGGAGCCGCCGACGUAUGAGGAGGCGUUGCUGAUGGCGCGAUCUGUGGAGGAACUGGCCGAGAGGAAUGCCGCAGCUGCGCAGGCGCAAACCAUGACGCACGCACCGAGGCGGCCUAGCAGCAGCAGCAGCAGCAGCAGUGGGGAAAGCCGCAACCUCAGUGGCGACGACGACGGCCAAUACGCCAGAGCUGCCGGCUGGAGCGAGCCGUCGGGUCGCCACCACCGAGAAGAUAGUGACGGCUCUCUCUCAGUUAGUGACAGUGCUGGUGCCGUCUAUAGAUACUCGGACGAUCCCUCCGCGAAGCGCGGGCCUAUCCCGGGAAGCCCUGGAGGCAGCUCCAGUAGUUCCGCACACAGCUUCGUUGCCACCGCCGGUACCAGUUCUGAUGACGAGGCUAAGGCCACUGGGUCAUCCGCUGCAAGGGCACUGAACCACAGACGCUCUUAGCUUCGGAAAUAGCUGUAUGCCUCUGCUAGAGCCAUAAUACAGUGAGAACUUUGGCUGACAUGUAUAUUGGUGAUAAAUCGGUCGUCAUUGCCGGAAAGAAAAUUAUCUCAGGUGCACAGCAAUAAUACGUAGCCAGUUUCUUCGUCACUUGCUCAGAAGAUUCAACGACGCAAAACAGCAAGCUCUUUGUUCAGCUUCUUCGAAUUUUCUGAGUAACUCGCGUGAAAUGCAGGCGAUCUCAAAAUCGCUCAACAUCAGUUACUGGGCUGUUGGUCCCGUGUAGAAACAGUGCAAGAAGCCUGUUUCGACUGCCUACCUAGCCCCUUGUCAGUACAAAAGCGGGUGGCAUCGGAUGAAGCCAAGGAACUGGCUUAAUCUCGUUUGAAUCAUAGAAUUGGUUCUCCAAAUGUCGCCUACUCACUUUAGUGCAGAGUGUAUGAAAAGCGCCGAGCACGGAAUAUAAUUGUCUUCGUCUAUUAUAGCGAAGUUAACUACUUUUUUGUGGACAUGGACGUCCGCAGAAAUUUAUUCAGAAGGGGGGGCGGGGGUCAAUCCUCUAAAAUAGCCAUUUAUGACACAAAUGAGUUGAUCAGUUUGGAGACGUGGCAGUCCAAAAGAGCUAAAUAGACCUAGACGACUGAAAAAACUUAUUACUCACAAGAGAA